UAUCCACACUGUAAACUACAGACACUGAGGCUGAACGGAUGUUCCCUGACAAAGAAAGGGUGUGAAGCAUUGGCUUCAGCUCUCAGCUCAAACUCCUCUCACCUGAGAGAGCUGGAUCUGAGUCACAAUGACCUGCAGGAUUCAGGAGUGAAGCUGCUCUCUGAUGGACUGGGGAAUCCACACUGUCAACUAGAGAAACUGAGGCUGUCAUUCUGUAGAGUCACAGAGGAAGGCUGUGUUUCUCUGGCUUCAGCUCUGAGGUCAAACCCCUCCCAUCUGAGAGAACUGGACCUGAGCUUCAAUCACCCAGGAGACUCUGGAGUGAAGCUGCUCUCUGCUAGACUGGAGGAUCCACACUCUAGACUGGAGAAACUCAAUGUGGAACAUACAGAAGAGAUCUGGGUUAAACCACAGCUGAUGAAGAAAUAUGCCUGUGAUCUCACACUGGACCCAAACACAGCACACAGAAACCUCUCUCUGUCUGAGGGGAACAGAAAGGUGGAGAGGGUUAAAGAGGAGCAUCCGUAUCCUGAUCACCCAGAGAGAUUUGAUCACUAUACCCAGGUGUUGUGUGGAGAGGGUCUGACUGGGUGCUGUUACUGGGAGGUAGAGUGCAGUGGGCCGGCUGACAUUGGAGUGACAUAUAAAGGCAUCAGUAGAAAAGGAGAUGGUUUUGCCGGUGAAUUUGGAUACAAUAAGAAGUCCUGGCGUCUGCUCUGCCGUGGGAAUCAUUAUAAUGCCCUCCACAAUAGUCAAUAUACUACAAUACACGCUCCACACCUCAUCAACCCUCCUCAAGCCCAGAGAGACCAGUGCUCCUCCUCCACGCCUCGGAGUAGGAGUGUUUCUGGACUGGCCCGGUCGGCACACUUUCCUUCUAUGAGAUCUACUCUGACACAAUGACCCACCUGUACACAUUCCAGACCACAUUCACCGAGCCCCUCUAUCCAGGGUUUAGUGUUUCUAAUGAGGGCUCUUCAGUGUCCCUGAGACAGGGAGAGUAGUCUCCUAUGUCCUGGAGGAACACCUGGGUCUCCAUGGAAACACAGUCACACUCCUGUUCUAACCCAACCAUGUGUCAUGAUGGGGUGUUGUUGACUGUGAUCAUGACAUCAGAUAUGGACAUUGUAACAGAUAAAUGUUGUUGACAGGGAUCAUGAUUCAUGACAUCAGAUAUGAACAUUGUAACAGAUAAAUGUUGACUGUGAUCAUGACAUCAGAUAUGGACAUUGUAACAGAUAAAUGUUGUUGACAGAGAUCAUGACUUCAGAUAUGGACAUUGUAACAUAUAAAUGUUGUUGACAGGGAUCAUGACAUCAGAUAUGGACAUUGUAACAGAUAAAUGUUGUUGACAGGGAUCAUGACAUCAGAUAUGGACAUUGUAACAGAUAAAUGUUGUUGACAGGGAUCAUGACAUCAGAUAUGGACAUUGUAACAGAUAAAUGUUGUUGACAGAGAUCAUAACUUCUGAUAUGGACAUUGUAACAGAUAAAUGUUGUUGUCAGUGAUCAUGACAUCAGAUAUGGACAUUGUAACAGAUAAAUGUUGUUGGCAGUGAUCAUAACUUCUGAUAUGGACAUUGUAACACAUUGUUGAAAGGUAUCUUGAUUUGAAUAAAAAAUGGAAACUGGUUGCUAUACCAUAAAAUGCCAAAGUAUUCAU